AACCCUAAAAGCCCGUUGCUUUCACUGCCAUAUUCUCUCAAUCUACCUUGGUUUUUCCGUUAUGACAGCGCUGGAAACAAUGCAGGUUGGAGUCAGAUUCCGUCCGUUAGACGAAGAACUUCUCAUGUACUAUCUUUCCCAUAAGAUCAACAAUCUGUCUCUUCCUAACCCUUGUCCUGUGAAAGAUUGCGAUUUAUAUGGUAAAAACGAACCGUGGGAGAUUUGGGACUAUUUUGGAGGUCAAAAUCUUAUGGAUGUGGAGUUUCUUUACUUCUUUACUCAAUUGAAGAGAAAAUCUUCUUCUAGUUCUCGGAUUCUUAGGACGGUUGGUACGGGUACUUGGCACGGUGAUACUUCUGGAAAACCUGUUUUGGAUAGAAAGACGAAGAAAGUUAUUGGGCUAAUCAAGAAAUUCCACUACAAGAAGCCUAAAUCUGCACAUAAUGGUGGGUGGUUAAUGCGUGAAUAUUCUCUUGUUGGUCAGUCUAGUGAUUGUGUUCUUUGUUGCUUGAAAAUGAACAAGUCCGGUGAAAAGAGAAACCGAUUAGAAGCUGAGACAAAAGAUUAUAUUAUCUACAAUGAUGAUGUUGCCAACGAUGUAUCAAAAAGAUUGAAGACCCAACAUCAUGUUGCUGAUGAGGUACGAGGAAACCAACGUGUAGAGAUAAAUAACAUUGAACCUCAAGUAAUAGAAUCCUAUUGCACAAGUUUAAGGACUUUAAUUGAGCGUGAACCUGCUACUACUGAUCAGUUGAAUGAUAAAAAUUGCACCACUUCACAUGGCAGCAGAGUUGAAGAAUCUUUUAGCCAAGAAUGUCCUGCAAUGACAGAUGAUUCCUACUGGGCAAAUUUGAGGACUGAGGCUGGGGGUGUAAACGAUUCGGAACUUGAAAUUAGCUUUGAAUACUUGGAUUGGCUAAUAAAUAAUGAUGAUGGAGUUUCAGAAUUUUUGGACUUAACUAAUGAUGCUGGUACAGUUGGUGAUGCUAAGAUUAGUGCUGGGAUAAAAGAAACAAGGGAGGAAGGUCAAUUCGUGAUGCCUGAGACAACUGAACAAAUAAAAUCCCAGUCACUUCUUUCUUCAACAGUGGAGGAACGCGGAAGCAAUUUUGAGGAAUGCAGAGAAGAUACAGGUUCAAGGAAGGAAGAGUAGCAAAUUAGCAGUAGCUGAUGGUUCAGAGUAUGUGUCAGCACCCCAUAGAGUGAAAUCAUGUUGCCUAACAAGUUUUAACAAGAAUCCAUUAUUUCAAGAGGUUCUUCAGUUUAUAGUGUUUAAGGGUCAUUGUAAAUGCAUGCUUAAUGACUUUAGGAACAUAUUUAAUCAUGGUUGAAAUGUUAGUUGGAUUUUCUGAGCUGUUAAUUUGCUUCCAUUAUAAGAUGUUGCUGACUCAUACUAUGAAUGUAGCAAACUGCCUGCUUGAAUUUUCCUGGUGUCGAUGCAUAUCAUAAUUUGUAGGUUUGAACUUUAAAUUUAUUUUGAGAUUAGUAAUCCGGUGAACCGAGAAAGUCUAAAAGCUGUAGAUAAAUUUAUAGUUAAUUGGUUGUUAAACAGAUGAAGGCUG